AACCGUCGCCAUGUUUGCUUCUUCUUCGUCACUCGCGGCGCGGUCAACUCGUCACGAGAUGUUUUCUGGCUCGGCUAGAUAAAAAAAAAAAAAAAAAAACAGCAGCAAAGUGGCGUAUGGACACACGGCUCUCACAUUACGGGCACUAUACUCACAUACCUUCGUCACAACAGCGCUGCAAGCGGUGCCCAUAAGAGCCAAGCCAGACAGGACGCACGCCAGUGGGUUCGGCACUCGCCGACAAGAUACCAUGGCUAAACCAUGCAUUCCUUUCUAUCAGGUCAUCCCCAUGUUGCUGUUGUGCACGGAACCCGGCUCUUCUGAUAGCCGUAAGGAUCGCACCAUCAAGGCAGACUACGGAGCCUUCGAAGGGAGCAGCAUUUGCGGCCUGUCAUCGCAUCUGGAACAGCGACACGUGCCGGAACUGGAAGAAACGCCUUUCUGCAAACCUUCGUCAACAACAGCGCUGCAAGCGGUGCCCAUAAGAGCCAAGCCAGACAGGACGCACGCCAGUGGGUUCGGCACUCGCCGACAAGAUACCAUGGCUAAACCAUGCAUUCUUUUCUAUCAGGUUAGUUGGAAAAGGGUACCUAAGUCGUUUAGAACUGGUAAUCGCUUUUUAGUUGUUGUGCCGAGCCCACAGUGUUGUUUUCUUCUGAUGAAGUGUUGUGCAUGUGUCUUAAGUCUUCUUGUUUGUGGUGACGUUGAGUCAAACCCAGGGCCAACUGAUCACGAGCUAUUGAUAAAAAUUAGUGCUAAUGUAGACACACUCCUGAAGCGUACUAAUGGUUUAGAGGAAAAAUUAGAGAACUUGUCCGCUAGGGUUACGUCAAACGAAGACCUCAUAAAGGCCCAGGCAGAAGAAUUUCAAAAACAUGUUCACACUCUGGAACAAAAAAUUGAUGAUCUCGAAAACAGAGAGCGUAGAAAUAACUUAGUGAUAUAUGGACUAAAUGAGCCUUCAGAUGAAAAUCCGUCUUCACUAAACGAAAAGGUACUCACAGAAAUAUUCGAACAAAAAUUAGAAGUAACGAUAAACACUAUCGAGCGCAUUCAUCGCCUAGGAAAGCCUCGCAGAGGCUUCCAACGUCCCGUCAUACUCAAACUUAUGGAUUACCGAGAAAAGCAGGUAAUACUUCAAAAUGCAAGAAAGCUGAAAGGCACGAAUAUAUCUAUCGGUGAAGACUUUUCAUUUCGGGUACGCUCCAUCAGAAAGCUGCUUUGGGGCAGCUCGCAAUCUAACAGGGAAAAAGGUGAUAAGGUGUAUCUGUCCUACGAUAAGCUGAAAAUAAACGGCGAAGUUUACAUCUGGGAUCACCAAAAAAAUGAUAAAGUAAAACUUGGGCAGAGUAGCCAUCCUCUGUCCGAUACCGCCGCAUGACAAAGUGACGAGACAGAAAAAAAGGAGCUAAGGCUGAUAUCACUAAAUGCGAGAAGCAUCGUGAAUAAGGCUGACCAACUAGAGGCGCUAAUAUUUACUUACGACCCACAUGUAAUUAUGAUAUCAGAAACGUGACUGCAUGAAGGUAUUCAAAACAGUGAAGUGGUACCGCCUAACUACAGGUUAAUUCGCAAAGAUAGAUGUUCCCGAGGUGGCGGGGUUGCUAUAGCUAUAAGGGAAAACCUUGUUUACCAGUUAAUGGAACGCGUUGGUAACACAGAAAGUGUUUGGUGCAAGUUAAACUUUUUCGGGGCUUGGAUAACACUCGGGACUGUCUACAAAAAACCCGGGUCGUCCUCAGAAGAAUUAACAGAAAUAAUUGAUUACUUAAUCGCCAACACUAAUGCUCGAACUAAAUUAGUAAUAGGAGGAGAUUUCAACGCUCCCAAUGUAAGUUGGUCUCAAGAUGGUGUGGCUAGCCUGGGUACAAAUGUGUCUGAGUCGCUGCUUGAGCUCGCUUUCAGUCGUGGUCUGCGUCAGGUUGUUACAGAACCCACGCGUGUUACUGGCACGUCAUGUUCUUUACUUGAUCUAUUGUUUGUUAGCAACGACUUCGAUGACUGCAAUGUUUUUGUCCAUGACGGCAUAUCUGAUCACAAAAUGGUAUUUUUCAAGUGUAACAUGUCUGUGUGUCACGCUAACCCGGCUCAAGUGAAAAUGUACUACGAUUUUGAAAGGGCGAAUGACGAGUCGAUAGUUGACCAUCUCGAGCAGUAUUUCGACGGCUUCGAUCAGAUGACCGAUGUAAAUGAAAUGUGGUUAAGAUUUAGAUCUGCAGUAAACCAUUGCAUUAUUAAUUUUAUUCCUCAAAAACAGAAAAAGAUUAAACGCCAAAACCCAUGGAUCACGAGGGAAAUUUUACACGCAAAACGAAAAUUGAAAAGGCUCCGCAAGCACCAUUCGCAUGAUGUUUGUGAGCAGGCUGGUAAUCUAAAAAGGAAGAUAAAGUCAGCCAAA